CUCUUGUCAUGAAUCCAGACAAAAUUGCCAAAUUUCAUAAAUGUUCCCAUUAGCUUUGGCUUUGGUGGACUGAAAUUUUAACUGUGUAUUCAUUGACGGAGCUGAUUUUUAACACUCAAAUGAUGCGUGGUAGAGCUUGGUCAAGAGUUGGUGAAGCAGCUAAAGUCAAGGUACAUAACAAAAAAUGUGUCAAUACAAGUAUUAUAGGAUGUAUCUCCCCCCCCUUUGGCACUAUUAAUUUCUCUAAGGUUAAGCCUCUUCAACAAAACGAUGUGGGAUAAACUUGAAAAGAGUUUCCACAAUUCUAUAUUCUAUCUUUACUAAUUAUUA